AUGAGCCAGUCACCCCUAGCCUCAGUCUCGCCCCAGAACUACGCAUGGAGCACCUCGCAGAGCAGCCUCUUGACAUACAUCAUUGCCUGUGAAGAUGACUGCAACCUGCACUCUGACGCCGUCCACGAAACCGUCCAGAUGCUCCGCGCAUAUCGACCGGUCCCCGACCACUUUGCCAACACCGGCGGCAGCAACCGCAACAGCUGGAACCCAGAGACAAAUGCGUGGGCCAUGCCGUCUGAGAUGCCCCCCAGCGGUGUCAGCCCUCUGUGGCCCAUGGCCAGUCCUGCCCAGGAACUCUCCCACAUACCCCUGCCGCAUACAAUGCAGAAUACCGAGCUUUUGAGCGUAUACGUCAAGCUCAUCUCGCAGUUCAAGGCGUCGCUCGACGGAAAACCCGACGCGGCCAACGCAUACAUGAAGCACUACGUCCCGUACUGCGUGCAGUCGCCGCUCCUGGUGCAUGUGGCCAUCUACACGGCGGCGUGCUUCCUGACCGAGACUGGUCACAUCGACCGUACUGUGGCCAUGGGCCAUAAGGGCCACGCAAUCGGCCUGCUCAAUGAGCACCUCCGCUCCUCGCGCUCGGCGGCCAGCGACGAGGGCAUCACGGGUGUCAUCCAGCUCACCCUUAACGAGUGGUACUGGGGUAAUACCAAUGACCUCCGUGCCCAUCUGCGCGGCCUGCGCGAGAUGAUCAAGCUCCGCGGCGGCUUCCGCACUCUGGGUCUGCAUGGCCUGAUUAGCAAGCUUGCAGUCACAUCUGACGUUUCCAUUGCCCUGUCCUUUGAGAUCCCGCCGUUCCUGCGCGGGGGGAGCGAGUUCGAGUUCCAGGAGAGCUCGCAGAUCCCGCUGCGUCUUGCCCUGAAUACCCCCCUAGUAGCGCCGCUCGUGCCCUUUUCGUCAUGCGACGAGGCGCUGCACAUCCAUCCGGCCGUAGCGUCGAUGCUUGACGACAUGAGGUUCCUCGUGGGCACGGUGCUAGCACUGCCCGACGACGCCUCUCCCAAGGACCUGCAGAAGGUGCACACCACCUCGGCCUGGAUCUACGAGCGCACUCUGAGCCUGCCUCCCGACGGCCCGCGCGCCCGCCGCCUCUCUGCUGCGGCUCCCGCCCCGUCGUCGCCUGCCCCAUCGUCAGCCACGAGCUCGCCGCAGCCGAGGCCUGCUCACGCCGCAGCAGCAGGCCGGCCGCCGGCGGUCACUGCACGCGCCCCCGACUUCAUCUACCAGGCUGUGCGGUUGGCGGCGCUCAUAUACAGCCGGGCCAUCAUGUUGCGGCAGCCGUUUAGCGCCGUGGUCAGCGGCGCCGACUUCGCGCAGCUGUGGACGACAGCCUGGCGCGUCCCGCUAGCCACGUGGCGCUCCCUGCUAGGCGUCUUCAACUGGCUAUUACUGCCGCUCGCCCCAAGCGGCAAGGGAACCUCGCACGAUCGCUUCGUCAGGGCCAUGCUCAACAGCAGCCUGCUGCAGAUGGGCAUGGACAACUGGGAGAUUGCCUGCGGCGUCAUGAAUACCGCCCUGCGCCUGCAGCACUGGCUCGCUGCCGCUGAUGAUGAGGGUGGUGAUGGUGAUGACGAUGAUGAUGACGACGAUAUGCGCGGCGAUGACAAUUCUACUGGCGGCAGCGACGGCAGCAGCGGCGAGCGGAGCCGUCGCGGGAGUAACAGUAGCCGCGGGAGUGGGCACGACGGGAAGCGGGACAGGAGAAAGGCUAGGAAAGACAAGGGCAAGGCGAGGGCCGGGUCAAUCGGCGGCAGCGGCGGCGGUGGUGGUGGCUGGCACGACUUUGGGGGGGCAGGGAUCUCUUCGCUGCCAAAGUGGUGAUUGUGAUCGCGGCUGUGGCGGAUCUCAGGUUUCCUUCUCUAUAGAAUUGGGUGCAUAGCGAGUUGCCUGUUGGAUGAUGAUGGUUGGGGUGGGAUGUAACGGCGCAUCAAGACGGGUUCUUUUCGUUACUUCUGGGAUAUUCUUUUCUUGUUUCUUCUCUCUUUUUUCUUUAUCUCUGGCUUAUUUGGCUGUUUUUGUGUUUCUCCUUUCUCCAUCUGGCUGUUCCGAUACCAUCUAGUUCGAGUUUGUUUAUCAAAAUUUAGAGUUUUGCCUCUUUCCUGCCUCUUCUUUGCUUGCUGUCCUUGUUGUCGGAGACGGCGUAAAAAAUAGGGGGCAGAAAAAGGGGGAAAGGGGGGCUUCCCCACCAAAGUCAAUUGAUCCAAAAGAAGCAAUGCCUAGGUGACGUCACUCAGCCAUCCAUG